AUGGGGGGCCCAGCCCCUAGCAUCCCCCAGGCCACCAUCAAUGCAAGCCCUGCCUCAGUGUCCACGGCCCGCAAGUGGCCCGAGGCGGUGGAGGAGGCCACGUCACUAGCAUCAGGACAGCCAGGCCUGGAGGAGGGACCGUGGCGCUGUGGCGGGAAUGCGGUCCUGAACCCGGGGCCUGGCAGGGCCCAGAGCCGGCUCCUCGGUGCAGAGGGCAUACUGCGGGGCCCAGUGCGGCAGGGAAAGCCAGCGCCGGCGAGAGCAGGGAGGGUCCUGUCGCCCUGGAGCCCCGGCCCCUUCCGGGAAGCAGUCUGCCUGCAUCCAGCUGACGCGUGGGCCCCGGCGACGGCUCCAUUAGCGCGGCCCCCGCUCCCAUUCAUCAGCCCUUAUCGGCCCAUCUGCACAAUCAGUGCGCAGCCCGCGGCGCCCUUCGGCGGGCGCUACUUGCCUGGCCCCGCCCCCGGGCUGCCGCGCCCGCCUCCUCCCCCGGGCGUGCGGUGCUCUCUGCCGGGCCACGUGGUCCGCGCCCCGCCCAGCAGUGUCGGCGAUCCGCGCUGGCUGCGGCAAUCUCGGGUAAUCUAUCAGCAGCUAUCGGGCCCAUCGGAGGGCCGGGAGCGGCCAGGCCCAGAGAUGGCGCCAACCCCUAGCGACGAUAAAGUCUCCGAGUUCAGCGGUGAUGAAUGCCGACCCUCGCUGCCCACCCCCAGGCCGGUCUGCAUCCGCACCCCGUCCUUGCGCAUCAUGGUGUCUGGGGGCUGUGUCCCUCCCCGCUCGGCACCCGUGUGCUCAGAGCUGACCCAGCCCAUGGGGGGCACCAGGAGCCUGGUGGAAGAAAUCCCACAGCACCUGAGGAUGAGCCACAGCGACGGUGGCCGGCCGCCCUCCUGCAGCCUGGCUUACCUUGGACAGCACCCCUGCCCCACCAAGUGUGGCCCGAGUGCUUGCUGGCCUCACCGAGGCCACGGGUGUCGGGGUCUGGCUCGUAGACAGCAGAGCCGACGAAUCGACAGUUCCCUUGGAGACGUGGAAGCUACGGAAGAGGCUCAGGCCAUGGACGCCAGCCACCCAGAGCAGGAGGCCGGAACACCGGAGCCCGAGGCCGUGGGAGAGCCCGAGCCCCUGAGCCCUUCCAGUCCAGACGCUAAUCCCCCACCCCCACCAUCGCCACCGCCCCCCACGCCCCCAGGAGGCCCCGAGGAGAUGAAGGGGCAGGAGUCAGAGACAAGGCUGGAGGAGGAGUCCGGCGUCUCCUGGAGCGGGCCAGACGAGCUGGAGCUGCUGCUGCAGGACGGGCAGAGGUGCGUGCGGGCUCGACGCAGCCUCACUGAGGGCCUAUCCUGGGGCCCAUUCCGCGGGAACGUCCAGAGCAGAGCCUUGUCCCCUGGGCAAGUGGAACCGGGCCCCGCCCUGACGCUGCUGCUGGAGGACCAGCCCUGCUGGCUGACGUCGCUGCCACAGGCCCUGACCGAGGCCGAAGCCAACGCGGAGAUCUACAGGAAGGAUGAAGCCCUCUGGUGCAGACUCACCAAGCCGGUGCCCGCGGGCGGACUGCUGAGCGUGCUGCUCACGGCGGCCGAGCCCCAGGGCACCCCGAGCCACCCUGUGAAGGAGGAGCCGGCAGAACCCGAGUGCCCAGCCCCCGCACAUGCAGACAUCCAGCUCCUGCCCCAGCAGGCCGGCAUGGCGUCCAUCCUGGCCACAGCGGUCAUCAACAAAGACGUCUUCCCCUGCAAAGACUGUGGAAUCUGGUACCGCAGCGAGAGAAACCUGCAAGCCCACCUGCUCUACUACUGCGCCAGCCGCCAGACCACCAGCUCCACGGCCGCAGCGGCCGCCGCCGACAAGCCCAAGGAGACCUACCCCAACGAGCGCGUCUGCCCCUUUCCCCAGUGCCGCAAGAGCUGCCCCAGCGCCAGCUCCCUGGAGAUCCACAUGCGCAGCCACAGCGGAGAACGCCCCUUUGUAUGUCUGAUCUGCCUGUCGGCCUUUACCACCAAGGCCAACUGUGAGCGGCACCUCAAGGUGCACACAGACACGCUGAGCGGUGUCUGCCACAGCUGUGGCUUCAUCUCCACCACAAGGGACAUCCUCUACAGCCACCUGGUGACCAACCACAUGGUCUGCCAGCCGGGCUCCAAGGCUGAGAUCUACUCACCAGGGGCCGGACACCCCACUGCCAAGCUCCCCCCAGACAGCCUGGCCAGCUUCCAGCAGCACACGGCCCUGCACGGCCCCCUGGCUUCUGCCGACCUGGGCCUGGCGCCCACCCCAUCCCCAGGACUGGAGAGGAAGGCCUUGGCAGAGACCACCAACGGAGAGGCCAGAGCCGCCUCCCAGAAUGGGGGCAGCAGCGAGCCCCCGGCAGCGCCCCGGCCCAUCAAGACGGAGGCCACAACGGAGGAGCCCGAGGCGGAACCAGGGCCCACGGCCGCAUCGCGGUCACCCUCACCGCCCAGCCCCGCUCCGGCCAGGGUGAAGGCCGAGCUGACCAGCCCCACGCCCGGCUCCAGCCCCGGACCCGGCGAGCUGGGGCUGGCAGCCGGCGCGCUCUUCCUGCCGCAGUUCCCCGCCGCGCCCCCGGCCUCGGAGAUCCUGGCCAAAAUGUCCGAGCUCGUGCACAGCCGGCUGCAGGCGGGAGCGGGGGCGCAGGCCGGCCUCUUCGCGGGGGCCCCCAAGGGCGCCACGUGCUUCGAGUGCGACAUCACCUUCAACAACGUCAACAACUUCUAUGUGCACAAGCGCCUCUACUGCUCCGGCCGCCGCCCGCCCGACGACGCGCCCCCCGCGCGCAGGGCCAAGGUGCCCCCGACCCCCGCACGCGCGCCCCCAGGCCCACCGCCCCCAGAGGCCGAUGCGAGGCACGCGUCGCCAGGCUCUGGGACGCGCGAGGACGAGGCGGGGGGCGCAGCCACCCCUGAGGCCGAGCCCGAGGCCGAGGGGGGCGGCCGGGGCCGGGAAGGCAGUCCAGGUAGCCCGAGCCCGGGCAGCGGGGCGGACGAGGACGACGACCCCCGCCGGACGCUGUGCGAGGCCUGCAACAUCCGCUUCAGCCGCCACGAGACCUACACGGUGCACAAGCGCUACUACUGUGCCUCCCCUCUCCCCCGGCCCGGCCCGCCGCCGUCCCCGAGCCCCGAGGCGGUGCUGCCGCCCCCGCCGACGCCCCCUUCCCACUCGGACAAGGGCGUCCAGACCCCCGGCAAGGGGGCGCCGGCGCCCGCGCCUCCCGGCAGCCACCGGUACUGCCGCCUGUGUAACAUCAAGUUCAGCAGCCUGUCCACCUUCAUCGCCCACAAGAAGUAUUACUGCUCCUCGCACGCGGCCGAGCACGUCAAGUGA